AUGAAUCGGAGCUACAGGAAUUGGGCCCCACCGUUGCCACAACCACAAUUCCAGAACCCUAAACCUAACAUGAACCUUGUAGGUAUGAAACCAUGCCCAUCUGUUACUUUCAGUAAAUCAACGACGCAAUUGGGGUUGGGUCCAAGAAGCAAGUGGAGGGGGAAGAAGGUCACAACUUAUUAUGGAGGCCAUACUAUUAAAUUGGUUCUCCAUCGAUUUGCAAGCAACAUAAUUUUCUCCAAUGGUCUAAGAGAUCCAUACAGCAGUGGAGGGAUGCUAGAGGACAUAUCGGAAUGUGUUGUGGCCAUUUACACAAUUAAUGGGUCUCAUUGCUUGGACAUACGUUCAGCACAACCAAGUGAUCCAGAGUGGUUGGUCACGCAACGCAAGAAAGAGAUCAAAAUUAUUAUAGGAUGGAUUACAGAGUAUUAUGCUGAUCUUUUAAGCUUAAAGAAGUAG